AUGCGCAUGUUGUCGCUGGGCUCGUACUCUCUAUGGGAGACGCACGGGCCGGACGACGAGCGCAAACUGGAGCCGCACGAGAAGCCCCUGUUGGUGCAGCUCAACUGGCAUGCCGACGACAGGGAGGGGCGGUUCCUACUUAAGUGCCUUAGCAACAACGAGGUUCCGUUGUCGGCUAUGAACGACAAAGGAGACCAAAACUUCAAACGAAAACUAUCAAAACGAGAGAAGAAAGAACUGAAGAAAAAAGAAAAACUAUCGAGACUUAAAUCCGACACGAACGAUGAAAACAGACCAGUCGCUGAGAAACUUUAUACAGAACUGCCAGAGACGUCAUUCAUGCGCAGCAUAAGUAACCCCGAGGCGGUUAUGCGUCGUCGUCGGCAGCAGAAGCUGGGACGAAAACUGCAGCAGUUCAAGUCCAAGGAUGGAGGACCUGAUACCGGUGGUACCCUCCGAGUGUACGGUUCGAUACUCCGGCCCGACGUGUCGUACGUCACGCUACUGCUAUCAGUCAACGACUCAGCUGCCACCGUCCUGAGAGAGACGCUCGACAAGUAUGGCAUGUCAUACCAAGAUCCACAGCAGUUCUGCAUCGUGCAGGAGGACAAGACCGACAAUUCGGAAUACAUCUUAGAAGACGACGAAUGCCCGCUCGCGCUCAUGAAUAUGACAAGAAGCUCCAUCAUGUUCCAUGUACGGCGGCGGCCUGCGGAUGUGCAGCCGCGGAGGCGCAAGAAAAAAGUUGGAGGCACUGGGGCCGCUGGCGGACGGCCCGGAAACGAACCCAUGCUUGUAGAAAUGUCUCCCGACGGUUCAUCGCUAGAAAACGGACGGCGACUCAGAAUAACAGAUGUUGUCGAGGUGGGUUCAGGCAAUGGCACAACUCUGCAGCUGUAUGGACCUUCAAUCCAGCCGCGCCACUGUGUGGUCGCGCCCGCAGAAGGCGGCGGCUACUCCGUGACGCCGCUGCACGCCGAUGCACACGUAUAUGUCAACGGACGCAGGAUCAUGCACUCGCAACGCCUACAACACGGUUGCCUACUAAAAUUCGGUCGUGUAUCGACGUUCCGCUUCGUAGACCCGGCACAGGAGAACCUCAUUAACAGGAACCUAGCGCAAUCACAACAUUUCGGCUCCGGCUCAAUAUACGACAGAUCGCCAACUUCGCCCGGCGAGAAUAGCGGCGCGAUGUCGCCGACGUCGAUGACGUCACACCAGCCCGAUCCUCUCGACUCCAAUGCAAACACGACUAACGACACAGAGUACCAGAGGACGAUGAGUCCCGUAUCGCAAGACACCUACUACCGGGACGCCAACGACACCAUACCGCCUUACAACAACAACACUCUCAAACUUGACAACGAGUCGCUCAUUAUGUCACAACACCUCAACGACACCAAAGACGAUUACGGGAAGGACGACCACACGAGCUCGGUGUACAACGACCAAGAUCAGAGCUCCAAUGUGAACCGCACGUCCAACUCUGUGCAGCAGUACAAAGACAAUUAUGAAACCACGUUCGACUUGGACGGCAACGUUGAAACAAAGAGUAUCUGCAGUGCGAAGAGCGGCGGCUCUGGACAUGACAACAGGAUGAGUGCGGGUAUGAGCAGUGGUCGCGGGUGCACGGAGGCGAUCUUGCCGGCCGUGCUGGAGUUCCCGGAGGCGGGGCAGGCACAGUUCCUGGCCGCCGUCAUCACUCGCCUCGACCCGCACGCGCCCGCCUUCAAACUCGCCCCUGUCUACACACUCUACCUUUGUGCCAGGUACCGUGCCUCGACUCAUUACCGCCCCGAGCUGACGCCGACCGAGCGCGCGCAUAAACUGACGGCCUUCUUACACCAUGUCGCCACGCUCAUACACGCCACCGUACAGGAGCGUUGUACCGACUCAGCGGCACAAGCUUUCUGGAUGACGAACGCGAGUGAACUUCUGCACUUCUUGAAAUACGACCGACACAUAUCAUCCUUCUCAACACAAGCGCAAGAAGUGCUCUCGCUUACUGUGCAGAAUGCUUUCAGCAACCUAGUGACUUGUUUCCAAGAAGAGCUGUCGCGUGGUCUGGCGACGCUGACGAGCGCGGGCGGGGCGGGCGGGGCGGGCGGCGCGGGCGGUAUGUUGGACGCCAACGAGGCCACCGCGCCCACGCUGCAGGCGCUCGCCGCCGCCAUCGUGCUGCUGCGGCGCUGCCGCGUCAACGCCGCGCUCACCAUACAGCUCUUCUCGCACCUCUUCCACUACAUCAACGCUGUUUGCUUUAACAAAUUGGUAACAGAACCCAGCAUGAUAAAUGCACGUUGGGGCGCUGCACUGUCAGCACGACUAAAAGUUCUAGCUGCUUGGGCGGAGCGACAGGGCUUAGAAUUAGCGGCAGAAUGUCAUUUCGCGCGCAUGAACCAAGCUGCGCGUCUGAUCCAGGGCACGUACCGCUCGGCGGAGGAGGUGGUGGGCGCGCUGAAGUCGUGCUUCAAGCUGAACUCGGUGCAGGCGCGCGCGCUGCUGUCGCCGCUGGCGCCGCCCGAGCUGGUGGAGGCGGGCGUGCGCCACGUGCGCGCGCACACGGACGAGCUGGUGCGCGCCGACGGCCGCGACGUGCGCCUGGACGAGCCGGCCUGGCUGGGCGCGGCGCUGCUCAUCCCCAGCGACGGGUUCAGCGCAGAGGUGGUGUGCGGCGUGCCGCCCGGGCUGGCGGAGUUCGUGGCGCCGCUGCAGCGCGGCGGGCUGUGUCGCCUGGCGCACCAGCCGCACGCGCUGGGCGCCUGGACCGUGUACCUGGCCGGACACGCGCCGCCCGCGCGCCGCCCCGACCCGCGCCUGCACAUCAUACAGCUACACAAGAACUCCAACGGCAUGGGACUCAGCAUCGUCGCCGCCAAGGGUGCGGGGCAGAGCAAGCUAGGUAUCUACAUCAAGUCAGUAGUCCCGGGCGGUGCUGCGGCGGCGGACGGUCGCCUCGCCGCUGGGGACCAACUACUCUCCGUCGACGGACAGUCACUCGUCGGCAUCACACAGGAGAAGGCGGCUGAAUACCUAGUGCGUACUGGACCCACGGUGACCUUGGAAGUGGCGAAGCAGGGAGCCAUGCUGCACGGCCUCGCCACACUACUGCACCAGCCUGCCUACAAUCAGCGACAAGCGGGCGGUGCGGGCGGUGCGGGCGGUGCGGGCGGCGCGGGCGGCGCGGGCGGCGCGGUCCGGCGCGCGUCGGAGCGCGACCUGCCGGCGCGGCUGGCGGCGGAGGCGGGCGUCAAGUCCAGCAAGAGCACGCCCGCGCUGCAUCACGUCGCUUCGCCGCCACCACACCAACAUACGCCUGCCAACGUGGCAGUAAGUUCCCCGGCGACGAGCGUGGCGGGCGCGGCGUGGCCGAGCAAGUCCCGGUCGAGCCACAACCUGUCCGCGCCCACUCAACACGACGGCUUCUACCAGAACCUCUCCACCGUGCACUCGCAACAACAUGCGCUACAAGACAGAUGGUCCUCGCUCCGCAGUUCUACGGGUAGUAACAGACCGCAGUCAGCGCACUUUGCAGCAGGCGGGCAAGCUGAAGCGCCUGACUCACCAUUACAUCAUCAGCAGGCGAGUGCGGCGAGUGCGGCGAGUGCGGCGCGCGCGGCCAAGCUGGCCGAGAUGUCGGACGAGGUCGCGCGACGACACGCGUACAACCAGCCACUGCCCACGCACCACCAUCUCAUCGGUCAAGGCCAGUUGCAAAUGGCGACGGGUCCGUACGGGCCACUCCCCCAGCUCCCCCAGCAGUCCCCCCAGCUGGGCACGUCCCCCGCCAUGUUGCAUGUACACGCACAGAGUCCGCACCAGAUAUAUCACAACCAACAUCAACCGCCGCAGAGGUACGAAUGGAUGCCCCCUGGACCUCCAUCACCACAGAGGUCACAACCACCGGUCGCUCCAAAACCUCAGGGUGCAAGGAGACCAGAUAUGGAUAUGGAAGAGCAAAUGUAUCCGCAUUCACAAGCGCAUCCGCAGUCACAUCCGCAAUCACAUCCGCAGGCACAUCCGCAAUCACAUCCGCAGUCACAUCCGCAAUUACAUCCGCAGUCGCAUCCGCAAUCACAUCCGCAGUCGCAUCCACAGUCACACCAACAAUCAUACCCACAACCGCAACAGCCACUGUCGAGUACUGUGCAGCCAGAAGACGAGCGGUACGUGGCGAGUGCGCUCGAGCCUCCGUCCGUGUCGGUGUACGGGGCGGGCGCGGCGGGCGGGGCCGCGGGCGGGGCGGGGCGCGCGCCGCACAACCCGUGGCAGCGCGAGGAGCGCGAGCGGCUGCACGAGGCGCGCCGCGCCGCCGCAAGGGCUCGCAGGGACGCAACGAUCGCCCAGUUGAUAUCACUAGGGGCGGCGCGCACGCCCGUUCAGAAUCAACAACUGCGUGCGUUACAACUAGAGAGAGACUUCGAACUGCGAGCCACUCAGCAUGAUCAGGAGGAAAGUAACGCAGCGGAAGGCGCAGAUGACUCCGAAGAGAUGGUGGACGACGCGCCGUCGUCCCCCCUGGCCGCCUCCCCCGCACCCCCCCACACCCUCACACAGCCCCCCAACCCACCCAAGUCCAUACUCAAGACUAACACACGGACUGAGAUCACUAACGGAUACACUACCGAACAGGUGAACUACGAAGAGACUCGCGUGUCGGAGGUGACGUCGGGAAUGAGCACGCUCAGCAUGUCGGCGCCCCCCCCGGCGCCGGGCGCGCCCCCGCCCCCCGCGCGCGGCUCGUCCUUCGCCGUCAUGGCCGAGCGCGCGCGGACACUCUCGCCCGCCCGCGCGCACGACGCGCCCCCGCAGUCUCCAGUAGGCGGCGGUCGGGACAAGCGCGUGUCGUUCCACGAGCGCGCCGCGCCCCCCGCGCCCCCGGCCAGCUCCCCGCCCCCGCUGCACGACCCCGCGCCGCCCGCGCCGCCCGCCCACGCCGCGCCCGCCAGGGAGGACCCCGACCGGUUCAUCGAGGAAGCUGAGAGUAUGCUGGCAGGCCCGGUGUCGCCGCAGACUCCGAGCGCGCCCGGACUCACGCACACACCCGGCGUCAUCGGCGCGCAGGAAGUCUACCGGGACCCGCGCGCGCGGCGCCUGGCGGAGCAACAAGCGCGCGCGCCGACGGCGCCAGUACCGGAGCAGUUGUCCUUCAAGGAGAAGAUGAAGAUGUUUGCGCUGGAGUCGGGCGAGGCGUCCACGCCCAAGGACAAGGUCAAAAUAUCACGCGCGCAGCGAGACAUCGAUGCGGUACAUUAA